AUAAUUAACCUAAUAAUCACCCUAUUCAUUAACUCUUCGAUUGCAAUACUACUAGUAUUAAUCGCAUUUUGAUUACCUCAACUAAAUAUUUACUCAGAAAAAGCAAGCCCUUAUGAAUGUGGGUUUGACCCUAUAGGAUCAGCACGCCUUCCUUUCUCUAUAAAAUUUUUCCUUGUAGCAAUCACAUUCCUAUUAUUUGAUUUAGAAAUCGCACUACUAUUACCCUUACCAUGGGCUAUUCAAGCAGGAAACCUUAAACUUAUACUAACAAUAGCCCUUAUCCUAAUCACCCUAUUAGCCCUAGGCCUGGCAUACGAAUGAGUACAAAAAGGCCUUGAAUGAAUCGAAU